UGUGCAUCCUUUCUCCACCUCCCUCCCACCCCCCAACAUCCCUAUACAUAGCCCCACAAGCAGGUGCCUGCUCCCAAUCAUAAUCUUUCCAGCAUGUUGGACUACAAGGGAAACAUCACACUGAACUACAGAAAGCAAAGGAGAGCCUGAGAAUAAGAUGUGGUGUAAGGAGGUGGUUGUCCCAAUACUAAGGAGUGGGAGAACGAGGAAAAAAGAAAGAAGGUAAGAGGAGGAGAGAGGAGAAGAGAAAGGACCUGAUGGAAAGAACUCAUGAGAAAGGACAAAUAUAGGCCAUAAUACGGAUACUGCCUUUGGCCUCUGUUUUCACAGCUUGGAAAGGGUUCCAGCAAAGUCAUGCAGGAGAGAAAGAUCCAGCCUGUAGAAGCAAGGCAGGCAGUCUGGGAAGAGAAGCUGAGGCAUUGGGCCCAACACAGACAAAGUGGGCGUCUCCUGGUCUUAGUGGUGAGCCAGCUCUGGAUGGCAGUGGCUUCUGUACCCUUUGCUGUUACCAUUUCUUGCCUGGAAUCAAACUGCCACAUGAAUAUAGCACUGCCCCUCUGGCCAGGAGCUUCGGGUCUGCUUACUGGGAUCUUGACACUAGAACUUCGAAGAACACCCCGCCUCUGGAAGGUGACAGCCAUGAUGAUAUUCAACUUAUUUGGGAUGAUCCUGGGAGUUGUUGUUGUGGUGGUGCAGGGAAUGAAGCUGGCCUUGGGUACAGUACAAUCAACCUCCUACCAGUGGGUUGGCUUGCUGGUCCUGGAAUUAAGGGCAGAGGCCUUCACCCUAGGUGGAGCUCUGGCCUCUGCCUUUGCCCUCCUCCUGCUGAGCCAAAGAAAGCGAGGAUGCUGUGGUGCUUGGAGACUACGCUACCAGGAGCUACAGGAGGGCCUCUCAGAAAUGGAAGAAAUUCAAGAUACUGAAAAUAUUCCCUCCGAGACUUUUGAAGCAAAUGAAUGAGCCAGGAAAAGGAAACAGAGGAAUACUCCUAGAAUGCUUUUUGAGGAUGGACCCAAUGGUUCCUGCAUCACCCUGUGCAGACACUUAUGCCCAGGAGAAAGAAGCAGGAAUGUUUCCUCUAAUCCACACAGCUGAGAUACUUGCUCCCUGCAUUCUCCUCCAGCAACCUCUAUUGCCUGGGAGGUUGGAAUCCAACCAGAUAUACAGGAAUGCCAACUAGGGAGGUGAUCACUUCUUCAAUUUGGCUCAGCCACGGACAUGGGAUUUUCCCUUUCCCCUGCCCAAGCAGAUUUGUGCUUGGGACUGAGUCCUUGUCCCUCAGGGGGAUGCUAACUGCCCCAAUUCAUAAUCCUGUGAAAGCUCCCCUACUGCAUCCUGAAUUCCCCUGACACCUGUUGCUAUUCCAUUUUGUUAUCUAUCCCUCCCCCAGCCAUAGUGUGAUUCACUCAGCUUUCAAAAUCCAUUCCUCUCCCUCCAUCCAUUCCCUUCUAUCCUCAUCCAUUCUUCUACUAAAUUCCUCCCAUCCGGCUCCAUUAUCCCAUCCAUCACAUUCCAAUCCUCCACAAUUUAACACCUUCCCCCAUCUGCCGUAACUUGCCCAACCCUUUGCUAAGGAAGAAGGAGGCAAAGAACUACAAAUCCCAGCAGGC